UCUCUCUCUCUCUCCUCAAUCUUUCUUUCUCGUAGGGUUUGGGCCUUUCACAGAUGACCCUUCUCUUCUUUCCCCCCAACAAAGGUUUCUUGAGGCUGAGAGCAUCCGGGUGUUUUUCUGGCCAUAUGUCGGAGUUAAUUGAUAUAGCUCUUUGUGUGGAUUGGUUGAACUGGCUAGAACCUGACAUGUCGAUGAAGGUCCUCACUUAUUUGGACAGCAUGAAGGAUCUUGUUCAAGUUAGUGCUGUCUCGCGCACUUGGCGUCGUUUUGUGGUAGAAAAUGGUCUGUGUAAGAACCUGUGCUUAAGAAUGUUUCCUCAGUUAUCUAAAGCUGCUCAUGUGAUUGAGUUACACAACCCUGAUGGCAAAGAGGAUGCAGACAUUGGAUCUAGCAAUUCAAAGGAAUGUGACAGGUUGGAAAGGGAGCAUAGAGUCUAUGCGUUUCUAGCUCAUGCUUGUGAAUCUUUCCCGGCUCGGGAUUGCAUUUCAGAGGCAAUCAGUGCUUCCAGCACUGACAAUUAUCCAGAAGAAAGCAUCCACCAUACUCUACACCCGAGUAAUAUGUUUGGAAGAAGAGCUUCGUACUGGUCAAGUAAAGGCCAAAAGAACCCUGCAGUUCCUGAGAUGCUGACAUACAAGUUGAAGUCUGAUUUUGUUAUAGUUACUGAAAUUAACAUUCAUCCUUUCCAAGCUUACUUCCAGCAUGGAGAACCCAUAUACUCUGCUAGUGGUGUUCGAUUUCGCAUGGGGCAUGCCAAAUUCCCUAUUACUGUAGAGUGUGACCCCAUGGAAGAAUCAUGCGAUGGUGACAGGUUUGAGUGGACUUACACAUCACAAGUGUUCCCAAUGACUCAGGAAAACCGCUUGCAGAUGUUUAAGCUCCCAGAACCAGUCCUGUGCUUAGGUGGAAUUUUGCAGAUUGAGUUAGUCGGGAGGGUUCAGAAACAAGAGAUGGAUGACCUGUUCUAUAUAUGCGUGUCACAUGUUCAAGUCAAGGGGAAGACACUAGAACCUGCAUUUAGUGUUGAAACAAAUGUACCAUCUGGAUCAUUUGUGUUGAAGAGAGAAACCAAGUUCAACCAACCAAGCUCACCUGAGAACGAGUCCAAUGUUAUCUCCACUGGUGAUUUGGAGAGACACGUUGGAGAAAUGCUGCCCAUACUGCGUGGGAAUGUAGAAUGGGGUGAAGCGGAUUAUGAGACAGAUGAGGAGUUCUUUGCGUAAAGUAGUUAUGAAAUUAUGUUUUUUUAUUUUUCAAUCCUUUAAAAUCUCAGCCACUAUCCUGCUUUGAAUUGGAUAGAAGUCCCAUCUGUGGUUACUUUUCUCAAGUGCUAUGGACUCAUACUGUGAGUGAGUGGUAGUAUUAUAAACUGUUGGUGUAGCUAUCUACCUGAGGUCCUAAAUGUUGUACAAGUAAUAGAUGUCAUAUGAAAAGUAUUCAUCUUUAGAACCAGUUUGAUGAGGCUCUGGGUUUUGGGAGGUACCUAACAAUCCUGAAAAGUCAUAUUCGAUUCUUUUCUUCAA